AUGUCACAACCCUCACCUGAAGGCCGUAAACGACCGAGACCAUCCGAUGCGGAUGAGAGGGAUGUCAAGCGAUUGAAGAAUGUUGAUAUGGACGGUGAUGGGUCUAUGAAAGAUGGCAUGGGUCAAGAGUGGGUUUCGGAGCAGAUGAGCAGGAUGGAGAAACUUUACAAGGAAGUCUUGAUUCAAGCUGCAUUGGUAUUCCAGCAUCAAUCAUUCUGUAAGAGGCUGGGUUUGAAUCACCAGAAAGUACCUACACAUAUGAUGGACCGACUUGAGACUACAUGGAGGACGUACGAAGGCAUACGAAGACAUGUUGAAUGGUCUAUGGCUCAAUCCGGUGAAAACCCUCCUACAUCUCCCAAUAAACCCUCGUCAACGCUCGAAGCGAUAACUAGACUAGCAUCUAACGCUAUCCCACCAAAGACCAUGGAAUUACCCACACCUAUCAACUUGUCGAUCGUAGGCGAUUAUAUACCUGUCUUAUCCACCAUCUCACCGGACAAGCCAGAAGAGGUGGUUAUCGAUCAAUCUCAAAUUCAAGCUCCAGUCUUAGACAAGUCUGCUGAGGACACAUCCGCCGUGAAGAGGGAAGAAUCUGUCCCAGUACAGGCGAAUCAAAAUGGAGAAGAUACCAUCACUACGAAAGAGAUUAAAGAUGACCAACCGCAGCUUCCUUCCGAAAAUCAAGUCCUACCUAUUUCUCAGACAGGUUUGAUACAACCUCCUCCCCCCAUCGAGACUCAACCACAACCACAAACACAGGUAGACGGUGGACUGGAUUAUUCAUCAUUGGGAUUGGAUGAACUCACAGCUCUCAUCAAUGGGAAUUCAUUCGAUACUACCACCGCUUCUCAACCUCUUCCUAUUCCUGACUCGAUUACGAAUAACGAUGACCAAAUUCAGCAGAAUGGGAAUGAGAUCUUCGCUUCGUUAGGAUUAGAUACGGGCGUACCACCUUCCAACGGCCAACAUCAGCAAGAUGAAUCACAAGGACAGCAGCAACCACUACAACCGAUGGAAAUUGAUUUCACAUCCGCUCUAAAUGGCGUUACAACCACUGGUGGAUUAGAUGGAGAAGCUGAUUUCUCAGCUCUGGCCGGGUUGUUCGCGAAUGAACAACCACCUACAUUGCCCGAGAAUCAAAUAGGCAAUGGUGAUGAUAAUGUCAAUGCAGGUAUCAGUGGGUUGGUCAAGGAAGAUUCCGCUCUGAACAAUAGUUUGGAAGGUCUGGAAGGUCUUGUGGAAAGUAACAACGAGGUCAACCAAUCGACAUCGGUGGUGAAUGCUGAAAUCCAGAAGGAGCAAACAUCGGAAAAUCAAGUUCAAAAUCAGAACAAUGAACAGAUUUCGAACGAACAGCCGAAUACAGAAAAUCCUACUCAAGUAGCCGUAUCUGGCGGUGGCCCUGCCGAUGGUCAGGAUGAAUCCAAGAUCAACGAGACUCAGAUGCCUCCUCCAGUGGAUAAUCCUCCCGAUCAAUCGCAGUUAAGUGCUCAACCAACUGAUCAAACACAAGUCCAGCCUCAAUCUCAACCUUCUAAUCCCGAACAACCACAACCUCAACCUCAACCGGAAUCACAAUCACAACCUCAACCUGAGGCUCAGCCUCAAUCAGAAUCGCUGUCCCAACCACAAAUAUCAUUCGAUCAACAAUUCUUCCAACCGGAUUUCUCACUUCCCGAUACCUCGACCGCGAACGCCGAUAUCAAUCAAGGAUUCAAUGUCGAUGGAGGAGGUGGUGAAUUUGGCGAAAUCGACAUGUCAGAUUUCAACUUUACGGAUGCAGGUUUGGAAGGGAUGGGUAUGGGAGGUGAUGAGUUUGAGAGGUUGAUGGCUGAGUUUGGAUAA